CUCCAAGAGAAUCCCCAACGGUCGGCCCCUCCCCUUUCCGUUUUCUCGCCGCCCUCACUCAAUCAUGACCCCGGAUCGGUGACGUAGGAGAUUCCACGGUGCCCACUACCGUAGGCAAUAACGGAAUGCUGGAGUAUAAAAGCUCCGUGGGUCCCGUCCACCGGCACACUCUCAGUGGCUCCGGACUCUGGAACCAGAGCAUCAGCGCAGAUAGCAGGCUUUAAUCCGGUCUAAAAGGCUAACUCGCUUUGGGCUUUUGGUUCACGAUGGAAACCUCUACGAAUUUUCGGAGCCGACGAUGCUCCAUCAUGCGCAACUGCAAAAGUGGUCUCUCCCUCUGGCUGGUGGUGUGGCUGGUCCUGGGUAAACCCAGUCCGGUGACGUCAUGCCCGCACCUGUGCGUGUGCUACCCCACCCCCAUGACUGUGAGCUGCCAGGCGCAGAACUUCACCGCCGUUCCGGUCGGAGUGCCCUACGAUUCCCAGCGCGUGUUCCUCCAGAACAACCGGAUCACGGAGCUUAGAGUUGGCUCUUUCGGCUUUGGAACUCAGGUUCUGUGGCUGUUCUCUAAUAACAUCACGUGGAUCGAAGCCGGGGCCUUCAGUGAGCUUCGGGACUUGGAGGAGUUGGACCUGGGGGACAACCCCAGCCUCCACAGGCUGGAGGGGGGGGCGUUCCGCGGCCUAGAGAAACUCCAGAGCCUCCACAUGCACCGCUGCCGGCUCACCGCUCUGCCCCACGACAUCUUCCACAAACUGUACAGCCUGCAGUUCCUCUACCUGCAGGAGAAUAAUCUUCACUUCCUGCAGGAUGACAUCUUCUCAGACCUCAUCAACCUCAGUCAGCUCUUCUUGCAUGGAAACCGCAUCCGUACCCUGUCAGAGAACGUGUUCCGCGGCCUGGUCAACCUGGACCGCCUGCUCCUCCACGACAACCGCAUCCGGCAGGUCAACCGCCGCGCCUUCCGCGACCUCGGUCGUCUGACCAUGCUCUUCCUCUUCAACAACUCUCUGGCCGAGCUGCCCAGCCAGACCCUGAGGGACACCCAAGGCAUCGAGUUCCUCCGUCUCAACGCCAACCCCUGGUCCUGCGGCUGCGAGGCCCGGGCCUUGUGGGAGUGGUUCCGCGAGGCCCGUGUGUCUUCAUCAGAGGUGAUUUGCGCCUCCCCUUCCACCCGCCGCGGUCAGGACCUGCGCUUCCUUCGGGAAAUGGACUUCGCCCUCUGCCCCCUGCCCGACCCAGGCUCCAUCGGUGGCUCCACCACCACUACGUUCAGCACCAAAACCCGUUGGUGGUUCCACAAAAACAAGCCCCAGUCGUCCACAAAAGGCGUCUUUGAGAAGUCAUCAGAGACCAUCAAGGCCGGUUUGUACGGGAAAGGCCCGUCCACGACCACUUCAGUCGUCAAGUACGAGCUCGGGGAGGAAGAGCUGGCGCUGCCCAAACUUGACCCAGAAGAGUACUGGGCAAACUACGGCAACGAGGACUCAGGUGUCACUCUGCGAUGCUUUGAGCUCGAAUGUCCGCCUGAAUUUGACCCGCCUCCCUCUUCCUCCUCUCACUCGUUCUCCUCGCCCUCCGUACUAUCGCUCCUAACUGUUUCCGUGUUCACGGUCUCCGUCCACCUGCUGUUUGGUUGAAUGACACUCUUAGUACCCCCCCCCCCCCUUCCGGCCUGUUUUAAAGGCUGAGAGGACCCCUGUUAGACUCUCUACACCCCCUUUGCCCGCUCUGCUGUAAGCCGAUUGUCAAGGCUCAGCCAGGGAGAUAGGGGGACGGUUAGAUUGUGAAUCUACCACCUACAGGGCUUACUACUUUUCAGGGCUGCUAAGAGUUCUUCAGCUAAGGUCAUAUUCUACUAAUCUGUGCAGGUAUGGCUUUCUGUGUCUUACCUGUAUGAUGUCACUAUUCCCUGCAAUCAGGGCUAUGAGGGCUGAGUCCAUUGCUAAUAUUAGCGCGAUUUGACAUCAUUGUGAAUGAUGUUGUUAGAUUUCUCACCUCAACUUCAAGCUAACUACUAGUGCUAUUAGUGCAUCCAAUGAACUGGCUGCUAUAGAAACACAGUUACUGUUAGAAUCAGUGCACAGUAAUAACAAUACUGUAACCACUUAAAGUGUCAUGUAAAUAGGUCAUGUCUGUUUUGUGAGUGUUCAAUUCGAUAGCAGUGUCUAUUGGUCCUGCACAUUCACUUUUACCAUUUGGAAAUCCAGAAAAACUGUGAAGGCUAAUGUUUCUACAGGACAGAGCACAACGCACAGCGAAGCAGACAGAGGUCGGAAGUACGAUCCGACAGGAGGUAGGAAGAAAAAGUGUGAGGCAUGUGUCCAAGGACGCAAGAACAGCGAAUAGAAAAGGGACGACAACAAUAGAGAUGAACAGGGUUAGAAGGAGAAAGCACUCACACAGCAAUAAGAAGCAGAGCAGUAGGACUAGGACUAGGACUAGGACUAGGACUAGGACUAGGAGCGCCUGUGUUGGCCGUAGAAGCAGCAUUCUGCAGGAGUCCAGGAAUAAACCCAGUCCUGAGUCGUGGUUAACGGCUCAGACAAACCCGACCCUUUGUGUACAUACGGUGUCAUUACGACAAACAGGGAAUGAAUGCUUCUGUUGAGGAAGCCCGGUAUUUUGGUUUUUGGAUGUCUUUCUGUGACAUAUUGAUAAUAAUGUGUUGAGAUUGUUGACUCAAAGACACACUGAAUAUUUCCUUACUUGUGCUGUUACACUUUUCUUUAUGAGAAUAUUUGCAGAAUUUAUUUUGAGAUUGCUGACUUGAGGAACUUCAUAAAAUACACUCUGAAUAUUUACCUGCUGUUGCACUUUUCUUUGGGGGAUGAUUGGGUUUUAUUCGCUCUACAUUC